CAAAAAACAACAAAAACUAUUAAAGCUGCUGCUCAUCGAGUACUCUGGUGAAAAGGGAACGCAUCUUUGUCCAGGGUCCAGGGUGGCGGUGGAAUUAAUUUAGCGAAGCGUUAAUUCGUACUCACUACAUAAUCAUCAACCGCUCUUCCAAGCAUAUAAAAGAGCCAAAAGAUUCGCCAGAGUUCUCACAGACCGUGUAUCAGAACACUGAUAAUGUAAGCACGCGCAAAGCAGCUGUAACACAUCAACUUACUGAGACGGCUAGGGCUGUGUGUGCCGGCCAUCCUACUACACACAGCAGAGCGACUUCCGAAAAUCCGGCCGCACGCCCAAGACACCGGACCAUCUUGAACGGAAGGCAUAAUUGGCGGUUGUACAAGUUAUGACGCAAACUACAGCACACGAUCACGAUCAUCACCACCAUGCAGGGACAUCGGUGCCGGCACCAACACCACCGAAUGGGCGAUCGUUUGCGCCAUCGUUGGCGGGGUUUCUGCUGAUCGUGGCCGGGCUGGUAGUGUGCGGUUUGCCCGACGAAUGUACUGGCGCCCAGCGGGAAUCGCAGCUGCGGCUGGGGAAAGCGGUAAACGUUUUCCUGCGCUAUGGUUAUCUGUCGAUAUCGAUGAAGGUCAUCUCGUACAACGAUAGCGAACGAUGGCUGUUUAAGGAGCCGACGAACAACGUCUUCAAGGGACUGGAUCUGCUGAAGACGGAGGUGUACGAAAUAAAGCCGGGCAUCUUCAAUGGCGACUUCCACAUGGAGUUUUGCGACAAUCGGCGCCAGCUGUUCCAGGCAUACUUCCGUGACUUCCAGAUCGAACGCUUGGACAGUUCGUGGCGGGCGUACACCGAAGGAUGGCACCCGGAGGUGGCAGCCAAAAAGCUAGGCAUCCAAAGCAAGUACCUCGAGCGGGACGAGUACUGUUACGUACUGGUCCGGGUGUCCCGUUACCGUGACAGUGCCCGGUUUGCGAAACCGAUCCCGCCGAACCAGACGAUCGAACCGGAGGUGUCGCGCAAGGCGCAGAGUGUCGUCGUCGGCGACACGACGUCCGCGGUACAGUUCAUGAAUCAGUACGGGACGCACUAUAUCAAUGCGUACGUGACAGGCAAUUCGCUCUAUCAGGUGUUUGUGUUCAGCAAGCGCAAUUACGCGCACGUGAAGGAAAAGCUCAAAAGCACCGGUACCUUACAGGUGUCGAAGGUAGAUCUGUACGAACACUUUGCGCCCUGGUUUGUGGAGCACAUGGGCAAGAUACGGUGCGCCAGUGGCAAUGCGUCCGUCGAAGCAUGGGCCUCCCGGAAGUUGCGGCUUUCGUACUACGUGUUCACCUACAGCAGUCUGCUAAAGCUGCACGGUGACGGUGCGCUGCUGCGGAUACUCAGCGAACUACUGCAGAACGAGGCCAUCCUACAGCUGGACCUGCGCUCACUUGGCGUCGUUUUUAAGGAUCCGGCCAAGCGAGCGUGGUACAGGGAAAUACUGGACAACUAUCUCAAACUCUGGGAAGUCAAUAUGUAGCGAACUCUAGGUAGGAUCGGUACCGGUCUUUGAGACGUAGACCAUGAUUGGUAGACCGGCAGCAGUAGCCGUAUGGAUGAUCCGGGCCAUGCGUAAACACAUAAGUCACAGAUAGCUGGUCAGUACAGGCUAGGUAGGUCGAGACCAAGAACGAUUUUAAGGCCUAAUUAGGUAGCAUUAGCAGCUUUAGGGGAACCGAACCGCCGUGAGCCAUGGUGUUGCGAACGAACCAUUUUCCACGAUAUCCUAGAUGGUAUGGUAGCCAUCUCGAUCCAAUCCUGUUAUGAUUACGAGUAGAUUAUUAGGAACAUAGAUAGCAUUUGAUGGCGUGCACAGCUGAGUCACGUUCGAACUACGGUCUAUAGGCUCCAGUGACGUAUGAUUCGCAUGAAAAUAGUUGUACUAAAGCAACAAAUUCUACACCAUCGUGUUUGUGGUUACUACACAAAAUGCGGUCCUGGGGUUCCUGCGCAAUAGCAACACAAGUAGCAACAGCAGGGUUGUGGGUGCAAAUGAUUUUUAUUUACAAAAAUUAUUAUCUAGGCUCUAAGGAAAAUCUGCCGUAGGUUCCAGAGUGUCCAUACGCACUGAAAUUCUUCGCUCUAGCAACACACUACUGUACUACUUCCACAUGCUGUGAUAGACUUAGUUAAUAGAGUGUUUAGUGCCUGAAGAACAGAGACCCCCGGGGGAGGAAGACGUGCACCUGAAGCGAAAGUGGAUUGGCUAGGAGUUUGUUUGGACGAAACUCUUUUCUAGUGAAAAUUGGCAUUAGAUUGUACGCACCAGUUGCAAAACAUAGCACGGUUCCAUCCAAGAAGGCGUAUGCCUCAAUGCAUGCGCUCUGCACUGGUAAAAGGGGAGGGUAAGAUGGGACAAAUAGUUUAAACACCAGGUAGGAUCCAUAGAGUAAGACCAUCGAUUAAAAAUCAACUAGUGAUAGUCAUAUUUACGCGAACAGUAAAUAAACAGUACAAGCUUUAAACAACUGGUGUGUUUAAAAAAUGUUUACUAUUUGUGCACUACCGGAUUGGGUGCAGUACGCCGCCACUGUUUCGGAUAGGUAGGUAAGACGAAUAAAGUACAGACAAUUUAAUAAUCAAAA